AUGGAGCUCAGUCAACUUCCUCUUGUGCUCUACAUUAUUUUCUUUGUGAAUCAUUAUCAUUUUACAGAAAGACCAAAAGCCAAAGUGAGGAUUAAACCUGCUCAGCAUGUAUUCAAAGGAGAGACAGUCACUCUCAGAUGUGACAUUGAUGGUGAAGGAGUCACUGGCUGGCAGUACAGCUGGUAUAAAGACGGUUCAAACAGUGUUUUCAGUGAACUACAGGAACACACAUUCAGGUCUGUUACUGAGUCUGAUGCAGAUAAAUACUCCUGUUAUGGAGCAGAGAGAGGAGGAUCACGAACAUCAAACAUCAGUGAUGCAGUUACACUGAAAGUAUCAGACAGACCCCAGGCAGUUUUAAUUGUUUCUUCACAGAAGUGGUUGACUGAAGGGGAUCCAGUGACUCUGAUCUGUGAGGUUUAUGGCUCCUCUACAGGCUGGACAUUCAGCUGGUACACUCUAACUGCUUCUUCAGAAAGCAGCAAUCAUUAUCAGCUGCUCUCAGACAGCAGCAGAGGAGCUGGAGGAAACUACAAUGUCAGUUAUGCUGCUCUAAAUCACACAGGAGUGUAUGUGUGCAGAGCAGAGAGAGGAAAACCAGCCUAUAAAACAACCUACAGCAACAAACUGCCACUAUGGGUCACUGGUGUUUCUCCUCCAGUCUCUCUGAUCAUCAGUCCCAGCAGAACUCAACACUUCCCAUUGGUCUCUCUCACUCUGAGCUGUGAGGACCAGAGUAACUCUGAUAGAUGGAGAGUGAGAAGAUACACAGGGAGUGGACAGUGGGAAGAUUGUUCAUCAUUACGCUGGGCAUCACAAACAGGAUCUACAUGUACAAUCAGCUCCACCAUCACAUCAGACACUGGAGUGUACUGGUGUCAGUCUGAAUCUGGAGAGAACAGUCAUCCUGUUAAUAUCACUGUACACUUUGGUGUGAUUCUGGAGAGUCCUGUUCAUCCUGUGACUGAAGGAGAUACUCUGACUCUACGCUGUUUAUAUCAACAUUCAACCCCACCAAACCUCAGAGCUGAUUUCUAUAAAGAUGGAUCACUCAUCCAGAAUCAAACUACAGAGAUGAUCAUCUCUACUGUCUCAAAGUCACAUGAGGGUUUCUACUACUGCAAACACCCAGAGAGAGGAGAGUCACCCAAGAGCUGGAUCUCAGUCAGAGCUUCCCCCAGAACAUCUGGAUCUGAUGGUCUCUGUCUGAUGAUAGCUGGAGUGACUGCAGGACUGACUGUCACAUUUUUGAUCAUUGUCUUCUUAGUCCUGCCGUGGUGCUACAGAAACAACAAAGGUGUAAGAUCUCAGUCUCGCUCUAGUGUCAGUCAACAGCAGAAAAGCAGUCAGACAUCAGAGCAGAACCAGAGUGACGCGGGAAACAACACACUGCUGUCUG